CACACACACACACACACACACACACACACACACACACACACACACACACACACACACACACACACACACACACACACACACACACACACACACACACACACACACACACACACACACACACACACACACACACACACACACACACACACACACACGCACACACACACACACGUGUCGAAACACAUGACUGCCUUUCACACUGCCCCUUGACCCCCUACACCCUCUGUCAUGGGACACAUGUUGCCAUGGUGAUACGGAUAAACAGUGAAUUUGGAUGUUCACAUGUAUCCCUCUGGUGGCCAGGUUGACCUAUUUUAAGAAAUGCCAUUGGCUUGUGGAGAAAAGGUUGAAGAUCUUUGAUAGGCUGAUGAAUUUGUUACAGGAAGUAAUCACUGUCACCUGGUGAGGUUAGCAUAGGGCUAACAUGUGCCAGGUUAUCUGAUGGGACCAGCUACAGAGUAGCAUUCUAUCACUUGACACUACGUCAAUUAUUUGAAUUGGCUGAUGCUUAAACUUAACCUUAAACAUUUUCACAUUAUCUUCAGAUUAGGUUUCACUUAACAUCCUGCAACAAUGUGAAAAAAUCUGAACAUGAACAUUCUGUCUGUGUAUGGAGGUGGUGUCGCAAAUGGCACCCUAUUCCCUAUAUGAUGCACUACAACAGUUGUGUACUAUAAAUGGCAUAGGGUGCCAUUUGGGACACAAGGGGGGUUUUCCACCUGCAGUGGUGAGAUCCAGUCUGCAGCCAGGUAGCCAGUAAAGCGGUGAUGGUACUAUAGUGGUCUCAGCUAAACCAGUCUCUCCUCUCCUCUCCUCUCCUCUCCUCUCCCUUCUCCUCUCCUCUCCUCUUCUCUUCUCUUCUCUUCUCUCCUCUCCUCUCCUCUUCUCUUCUCUUCUCUUCUCUUCUCUUCUCUUCUCUUCUCUUCUCUUCUCUUCUCUCCUCUCCUCCCAGAGACCAGUGACUCAUCUCUCCACUCAGAUAUAAGACUGCCUCCUCCCAUUGGGAUGUCACAGAGUGGCUCCUCCCCUUCCAGCUCCUCUGGGGGCUGAGCCAAUUGACUGUGGCUAUGGGCAGAAGGUUGGCUGAUCCGACCAAUCCGGUGCCUGCGCUGGGGGUGCCCCUGGCGGGGGGACGAUGGGGGCCGCUGUGCAGUGUGGGGGUGCAGACCUCCCCCAGCCUUAGGACCCUCCCAUCAAUCAAACGCAGCCAGCCAAAACGGACGCAGCACCCAGAGACAGGACGGGGCAACAACCAUGUCGUCACAGCAACAACAAUGUUCUCAGAGACUGGGGUUGUUUGUGACUCAGGCAGCAUUGGGGGCAGCAGUGGAUUUGCCAUUUCCAAGGAGAUGAGUCAGAAUGCCAUCAACAGUCUGACAAAGGAUGACAUGGGGUCACAAGGGUCAGGGGGCGGAGUCUACUGUCAGAUCAAUGCCAUACGGGCCAAUCCCAGGGAGUCUGGCCAUAGGUCCAGUGGGAAAUGGACAUCUCGAUACACCAAUGGGAGUGUGGUCGCCCCUGAGGUGGUGGGCGGGGUCUGCACUGAGGGUGCUGAGGGCAAUGAGCCAAUCAGAGAGAGGAGGAGGGUCCAGUCUCUUAGAGGGGAGAAGUCUCGCCCUGGACUGAGGUCAGGGAGUCUGUCUCAGUCUGUGAGCUCUCAUGCCACGCCUCCAAGGCCCUGUAGAAUGAUGACAUCAUCGUCGCCCCGCCUCUGUGGAACCUGCGGGCGGAGACAGUCCCAGGCCCCACCCAUCUGCAUGGCAACAACGUGCCGCAGGCGAGCGGCAAAUCUGAUCACAGAAAGCCAGACUCUACCGAUUCCUCCCCGGAAAAAGUCUGUACUCCCCAACCAGAACCGGAAAGACUCCCCUGUUCUGAACUCACACACACACACACCACCAACCCCACACACAGCUGUGAAGAACACUCAAACACAAACUCAGACAUUGCCCUCUCCACAUGCAACCCAAAGGAUACACACUCUGCCUGUGAAAGAUGCACCUGUGAUCCCAUGUCCCAACACUAAGGAUACACAACACACACAUACCCACACAACAGACUCAGAACCCAGGUUACCCAGGUUACAUCAGAAAGAAACACACACACAGACAACAGACACACAGUCACACACCAUGAAGACAACAUUUUCUCCAGCUACACAGUGUUUUCCAGACAGAAACACAGAGACGUCAUCUGACAACCAAAACUCUCCACAAGACUCAUCUAUACAAGUCACCACCAAGCCGCCAACCCCAGUCCUCCUCAUAGGCACAAAAUCCUUGGCCGCACCCCUUCUCCCACCUAAAAACUCCCCCAAACCCUGCCACCCUGCCCAGGUGAACACAAAACCAGCACCCCCUGUCCUUCAGACCCAACUCAAACCUAUACCCCUCACCCCUUCCCUGCACCCCAAAGCAUCACCAGCACAGCCAAUGAAAUCAGAAGCCUCCAAAACCCAUGCUCCAUUAAAAGACGCCCAUGCUCCCCCUGCUGCCAAUCUGGCCCCACAAUGCAACGGGGCUCCAGGGGGGCUGGUGGGGCUACAGGCGGGGGUCCAGGCGGGGGUACCCAGAGGGUUACAAGGGUGUGUGUCAGGGGGCCUCCACGGGCGUCUCCACAGUGUGGAGGAGAGUCUGCUCUCCAACCAGGAGAAGAUCAAGGUCCUCCUCAAUGUUAUCCAAGACCUGGAGAAGAGCAAGGCCCUCAGCGAAGGGCGCUGCUCAUACAGAACUGGCCAGGACAUCAACAACUGUCCCACCUGUCAGAAGACUGCCUGCAUUAUCUACAGUGUGGAGCAUGACUUCAGGCAGCAGGAAGGCAGGUUCCAGCCAGUGAUGGAGACUCUAGACAGGGACUAUGAUUUUCCCCUCCCUGUCCCCAAAGCUGUCCCCGCCCACCCGAACACCAAGAACCUCGUCAAGAAGCUACGCAAGAAGUGCUUCUGGUGGCUGUAGACACACACAGACACACUCGCCCACACACAGCCAUCGCCGGCGGUACAGUCGCCAUGAAGAUAUUCCGGACUGCUGUAACCAUGGGGAUUGGACAGGUGUGUGUCUAUGGACCAUGGGGACUGCUCCUGUUUCAUUGUUGCUGCUAUGGGAACUGUACACCUGUUAUGGUAUCUAUGGAGAUCUAUGGUUCAUCUCUGACAUGGUUGGAGAGCGAACAGUACAUCAGCCCACAACGGUGGGCUGAUUGAUAGUUACUUUAACCCAAAGUCUUGGUACAGUUACUGAGCUAUGGAUUUAGGGGAGACACUAAACUUUGACAAGAGUUCAGUCUAGAAGGCUGUGACAGCGGUGACCUUUCCUUAGUUGUAACAUCUGUCAGAUGAGAAUUCAUAGGUGAUGGACCAUGUCACAGUGAAGAGAGGAACUCUACUACCUAAACAGAGACGAUUCCAUCAUCAAGACCUUUAGAGAGUGACAGGCCAUGCAACCAAUCAACAGUCUCCCAGACUUGACUGACAAAGCGAGGAUCCAUUCAGGAUUCCCUCCGAGUGCACCAAACACAAAGACAAUAAUAAACACUCCACUCUACGAGCUUCCAAUCUUCCACAAUGCUAUUGGUUAUAACCCAAGCUCAACCAAUUAGAAUCAGCCUUUGCUUCUAAGACCACACCCUAUUUACUGUUUAACCAAUCAUCAGCACCAGACCCUAACCUGCCACAUAAGUGCUUUUUUAUAAACCAUCCCAGUGUAUGAUCUCCCACAAUGCUCUUCUUCUUCCUCUCACUGUGUUUCUGCAGCUGUUUGUAACAGUUAUAUUGGGAUCCAAUAAAGGUGUGUAUUUUAAACAAAACAUGAAGAGUCAGCUUGAAGAGUGAUUGCCUAAAGCUGUUUUUGUGCCAUGAUGACUCACAUAAAGCACUUUUGACAACCACCAUUUAGAAUGAAACUGUGGUACUAUGAAUGGAUAGUAAAAGCUGAGUGGUUCGUCUGGGAGGGUAAUACUGUGGUACUAUGGAUGGAUGGUAAGAACUGAGGGGUUAGUCUGGGAGGGUAAUACUGUGGUACUAUGGAUGGAUAGUAAGAACUGAGGGGUUAGUCUGGGAGGGUAAUACUGUGGUACUAUGGAUAGAUGGUAAGAACUGAGGGGUUUAGUCUGGGGGGGUAAUACUGUGGUACUAUGGAUGGAUGGUAAGAACUGAGGGGUUAGUCUGGGAGGGUAAUACUGUGGUACUAUGGAUGGAUGGUAAGAACUGAGGGGUUAGUCUAGGAGGGUAAUACUGUGGUACUAUGGAUGGAUAGUAAAAGCUGAGGGGUUAGUCUGGGAGGGUAAUACUGUGGUGCUAUGGAUGGAUAGUAAGAACUGAGGGGUUAGUCUGGGAGGGUAAUACUGUGGUACUAUGGAUGGAUGGUAAGAACUGAGGGGUUAGUCUGGGAGGGUAAUACUGUGGUACUAUGGAUGGAUGGUAAGACCUGAGGGGUUAGUCUGGGAGGGUAAUACUGUGGCACUAUGGAUGGAUAGUAAGAACUGAAGGGUUAGUCUGGGAGGGUAAUACUGUGGUACUAUGGAUGGAUGGUAAGAACUGAGGGGUUAGUCUGGGAGGGUAAUACUGUGGUACUAUGGAUGGAUGGUAAGAACUGAGGGGUUAGUCUGGCAGGGUAAUACUGUGGUACUAUGGAUGGUAAGAACUGAGGGGUUAGUCUGGGAGGGUUAUACUGUGGUACUAUGGAUGGAUGGAUGGUAAGAACUGAGGGUUUAGUCUGGGAGGGUAAUACUGUGGUACUAUGGAUGGAUGGUAAGAACUGAGGGGUUAGUCUAGGAGGGUAAUACUGUGGUACUAUGGAUGGAUGGUAAGAACUGAGGGGUUAGUCUGGCAGGGUAAUACUGUGGUACUAUGGAUGGUAAGAACUGAGGGGUUAGUCUGGGAGGGUUAUACUGUGGUAAUAUGGAUGGAUGGUAAGAACUGAGGGGUAAGUCUGGGAGGGUAAUGCUGUGGUGCUAUGGAUGGAUAGUAAGAACUGAGGGGUUAGUCUGGGAGGGUAAUACUGUGGUACUAUGGAUGGAUAGUAAAAGCUGAGGGGUUAGUCUGGGAGGGUAAUACUGUGGUGCUAUGGAUGGAUAGUAAGAACUGAAGGGUUAGUCUGGGAGGGUAAUACUGUGGUACUAUGGAUGGAUGGUAAGAACUGAGGGGUUAGUCUAGGAGGGUAAUACUGUGGUACUAUGGAUGGAUAGUAAGAACUGAGGGGUUAGUCUGGGAGGGUUAUACUGUGGUAAUAUGGAUGGAUGGUAAGAACUGAGGGGUUAGUCUGGGAGGGUUAUACUGUGGUAAUAUGGAU